AUGUCAGAUGAAGUACCAGAAGAUUUCAAGCCGUAUAUAAUUCAAUGGAUAGAGGCUGACGCGAUAGAAGCAACUAGGAAUGGCUCAAAAAUGGCCGUGCUUUACAAUAAAAUGCUAAGCCAGAUUAGGCGAACACAAGAACCAAUAACAGACACGAGAUCACUCAAACUGAUAAAAUACGUGGGUGUUAAAACUGCUGUCAUUUUAAGCAACAGAGUCAUCCAGUUCUGUAAAGCAAAUGGUUGGGACUCCCCCGUUGGGUUCAUGGAUGAGGCGGAAGCACACAAAAGAGCAUUGAAUAAGGUAGAUCAAGUGGAAGACGAGACGAUGACGCGACCAGCAAAACGUGCGCGAACGACAGCCAGCUAUGUCCCAAAACAAAGAUCUGGAGCAUUUGCUAUUAUGGUGGCCUUAUACUUGAAAGAUAGUCAAGGUAGAGGUAUGACACGAGAGCAAAUUUCGCAACAUGGAGCUCAAUAUAGCGAUAAGGCAUUUUCCACGUCUGCAACUUCAAUGUAUUCAGCGUGGGAUUCUAUCAAGACGUUAAUAAAAAAGGAGUUGGUUUAUGUAACGGGGAGGUCACCAAAAUUCUACUACUUGACAGAUGAAGGAAAGGAAUUGGCUUCGAAAUUAAAGUCCGCGGUUAACAUACCGUCCUCGCCAAUGCAAUCCAACACGGCUGCAAAUAGCUCUUUCGAUAAUGGUGUUCGAUUUGAAUCGAGUUUUGAAAAGUCCUCUCCUGUUUUGACGAGGAAUGUUGAUUUGCAGUUUGCUCGUCAGUCACUGCUGAGAAUACAGAAUCCAGCUCACAGUUCAAGAUUAGUUUCGGAGGUGUUGUCGUCGACUGGAAACUCUACCCAUGACUCUCAAAACAGGGUGUACGACGGCACUCCCUACGAAAUAUGGACCAAGGACGAAUACGAAGUAGUUAUAUACAUUGACAACAGAGAAAUUAGAGCCCAACAAGAACGUGAUUUCUUCCAAAGACAACUUCGGCUUGCUAAUAUCGAAUGCGAUGUGAAGGCUUUAUCAUGUGGCGAUGUUGCCUGGGUUGCAAGGCAUACGCGCACCGGCAGAGUAGCUAUCUUGAACUACCUCUGUGAAAGAAAACGAAUUGAUGAUUUGUGCGAUUCUAUAAAAGAUGGAAGGUUCCAAGAGCAAAAGAAUAGAAUGCAUAAAUCUGGAAUGAUGCAUUGUUACUACCUCGUUGAAGAAGUCUCCACGGUGAAGUCGCGUGCUUACCAUAUUAUGGACUCGAUACAAACUGGGAUCGCUCAAACUAUGACAAAUGCACACAUCUACCUACGAAGAUUCAAAGACAUUGACGAAACAACCGGUUUUUUGUCGUCUCUUACAGGUGUUAUAAAGGAAAUACAUGCUCACAAAAACUUAAUUGUCCUUCGACCCAGGGACAUAUGCAACCAAGACCACUAUAAUGAAUUGUUGAUGAAAUUUCGAGAAAAGUUUGAAAAGAGGGAAAACUAUGAAUGUUGUCACUUGUUCUCCAGCUUCCAGGAAAUUAUGGGCAAGACUACGCAAAUGACUGUCAAAGAAUUAUUUAUAUUAAUGCUAAUGACUAUCAAGGGGUGCUCUUUGGAGAAAGCUAUUGUUAUACAGAAUCGAUUCACCACUCCAAAGAAAUUGCUUAAGUUCUAUCACCAGCAAAAUGCCCACACUGCAAUAGAGACAAAGAAGCUGUUGAUGGUUGAGGAAUUCAAGACGCAGGUGGGAAACAAGAAAAUAGGAAAAGCGUUGCUGGAAAAGAUUUAUGAUGUAUGGGGAGUCUAG